UUGAUACAAUUGUUAUAUUAUUAUCAUGAUAUAAACAAGCUAUACCAAGUGAACUUGAUUCCAUAGCUGUACAACGUCUUAUUAAAUAUUUAUUUUCAAAUUGUUCACAUCGUAAUGUUAUUGUUAUGAAGUCAAAUUUAGAUUUAAUUAAAAAAUUAAUUAAAUGUUGGAAAGAAUCUAAUGAAAUUUUACCAUAUUAUGUAUCACCAACACCAACAGGAAAUUUGUCACCUAUAACAACUAAUUCAAUAUUAACUAUACCAAAUGAUUUAACUGAAGAUAAAUUUAAUGAUAUAAUAUUUCUUAUGAUGAUGUGCUUUCCUAAUAUUAUAGUUUUGGAUGGUUAA